UGUUUCUCCUUGGAAAGUUUCAACCUUUCCACCAAUACAAUCAUCUCCCCCAUUAUUUCUCUCUAUCCUCACGCCAGCAGCAUAAGGGUAUAGACAGAACAGAGGUGCCAUACGUCGACCGACCCUCUUUCUCUCUCUUGUUCUUGGACUAUGUGAAAUGCUGCUGCUGCUUUGGUCGCUCUGAUUCCUUUUUCGUGCUAUUCCUUUUCAUUAUUUACACUUUCCUUUGUGUAGUAGUUGUAGUUCUCGUUCUCCCCUUUGAUUUUCCAACUUUUAGUAGGCCUAUUCUUACUUAGAUUCCCCGACCUCUCAACCCUAUUUCUUAUUUUAUACGAUUUUGAAUAAAAAAAAGUAAAAAACCCUUCUUCUUUUCACUCCCCACUCACAUGCAUGUUCUUGGGUUUGUCUGAUCUGGAUUGGAUCACCGGGAUCUCUAGUCUCCUUGUUCUUUUCUUUUUUUUGUUUACCCUAAAUCUCAGAGAAGAGAGUGUGCGGGUUUUGAGUCACAGAAGUUGAAGAGGCGAGAGGAAGAAGAGGUGAGAUUCUCUUUCCCCAUACGAUCUAUUGCUUUUGGGACCCUUUAGAUAGCUGUAAAUGUCUGUUCUUUGCUGUUCUCUUGCAUCAUCCGUUUGUAUUUCGAAUUGGGUCCACUUGUUUCUUCCUUGAUUGAUUUCGUGACCAACUAUGGAUAGGAUCUAUUUCGUCUGAAAAAUUCUAGGGCUGAUUCUGUUUCUGCUCCUAAAUCCAUGGCGAACAUAGAUGUUUCUAAAUACGCUCACAGUCCUGUUCACAAAGAUAUAAUCACCAAAGAUUACGCCAGUCUCAGAAAGAUACUCUCUGCCCUUCCCAAGUUCCGUCAUCCAUCAGAGAUUCGAACAGAAGCCGAUUCGCAGGUUGAAGAAGAGAAAGCAGAUGCAAUCUCUUCAGUUAUUGACAGACGCGAUGUCCCAAAUCGAGAUACCCCUCUUCAUUUGGCUGUCAAACUUGUUGAUGAGGCCGCUACUGAGAUGCUCAUGAUUGCUGGCGCCGAUUGGAGUCUGCAGAAUGAACACGGUUGGAGUGCUCUCCAGGAAGCUAUAUGCAAUCGUGAGGAAGCCAUUGCGAAGAUCAUCGUUCGUCACUACCAGCCAUUAGCUUGGGGUAAAUGGUGCAGAAGGUUGCCCCGUUUGUUAGCCACGAUGAGGAGGAUGCGAGAUUUCUACAUGGAAAUUACAUUCCACUUCGAGAGUUCAGUUAUUCCCUUUAUAUCGAGAAUCGCUCCUUCUGAUACUUACAAGAUUUGGAAGAGGGGCGCGAAUUUGAGGGCGGAUAUGACUUUAGCCGGUUUUGAUGGGUUCAAGAUUCAAAGAGCAGACCAGAGUAUUCUUUUUCUCGGUGAUGGGUCUGAAGAUGAAGAGAAAAAAGUCCCUCCUGGAACUCUAUGCAUUAUAUCUCAUAAAGAUAAGGAAGUUAUGAAUGCUCUUGAUGGGGCUGGUGCACAGGCAACCGAAACAGAGGUGAAUCAAGAAGUAGCGGCUAUGUCUCAAACUAACAUAAUCAGGCCUGGAAUUGACGUCACUCAAGCUGUUCUUCUCCCGCAAUCGACAUGGAGACGUCAGGAGAAGACCGAAACGGUUGGCGUUUGGAAGUCAAAGGUUUAUGAUAUGCACAACGUUGUUGUCAGCAUCAAAUCCCGCAAAGUCCCUGGGGCUAUGACCGACGAGGAGUUCUUCUCGGCCUGCAAUGAGAAUGAGAACGAAAACGAGACAGAAAUCGAUGAAUUCAAUGAUAUAUUGACUGAAGAAGAGAGGAGACAGCUUGAGGUUGCGUUGAAGCUUGAUUCUUCAGAUGUAAGCAACGAGAAUGGCGACGGGUUAAUUAGCCAUCGCCAUAGUUGUUGUCUCGAAUCGAGAGAGGUACCGACCGAGGAUAAGAAAGGGUGGUUUGGCGGCUGGAGAAAGCGAGAGGCAAAGAACGAAGUGCAGAAAAAGAAUGUCCCGCCAAGAAACUCCCUUUGCGUUGAAGAGAAAGUUAGCGACCUUCUUGAGGACUCUCAGAAUAAACCGACAAGGAAUCCCGAUAAGAAGGGGAGUUCGAGUUCAAGCUCUGAUAAUGGAAAUAAACGCAAGGAUGGUUUAAACCGUGAAAAUGAGUAUAAGAAAGGACUAAGGCCUGUUCUCUGGCUUUCACAAGAUUUCCCUUUAAGAACGGAAGAACUCUUGCCUCUUCUCGACAUUCUAGCUAACAAAGUUAAAGCCAUUCGUCGGUUAAGGGAAGUACUUACAACUAAGCUUCCAUUGGGCACCUUUCCAGUCAAGGUUGCUAUACCAGUGGUUCCAACUAUCAAAGUGUUGGUUACAUUUACGAAAUUUGAGGAAUUACAGCCAAUUGAAGAUGAAUUCACAACCCCUCCUUCGAGCCCAAGUGGUUCGGGUCAUGGGAGUAGCCCGACCUUAGUGCAUUCGUCGGGCUCAUCGUGGUUUCAAUGGAUAAAAGCGCCUUAUCAUCGAACAACUUCUUCCACAGGCGGUUCAAGCAAUAGGAUAGAGACCACUCAAGACCCUUUUGCAAUUCCUGGAGACUACACAUGGGUCACAGCUGAAGAAAAGAAGAAGAAGAAGAUGCAGGAGAAGAACAAGUCGAAGAAAAACAGAAGUCAGAAUCAGUAAUCAAUCUAAAGGAAGAAUCUUUGUACUCCAUUCUCAUCAUAUACAGGUUCAGUUGUCAUUGUUGGAUGAUCUCCUUUAUAAACAAAUAAAUAGUUAUUCUCUAUUGUGCGUCGACAGUUGGGAACAAUUUGACAUGGGGUUCUUGAUUGUUCAUUCUUCCAGAUGGGUUCCUCAAUUUAAGAUAUAUUAUUUUUUUU